CAUUAAGGGUAUUAGCUUCGUCACCUCCUCCUUUUUUCUCCCAAUACACACACACCUUUCCCCUCUCAAAGGUUCUCCAAUUCCGAUCCAAUUCAGGUGGUUGGUAUAGGGCUUGUUCGUUGACCUCAAAGUACGACUGGAGCUUUACCUUACAAAACUCUAGAACUUCACUACACUACUUAUUAACAGCAAAUUUGGGAACUUAAGAUAUGUCAAGUGGAUCUGAGAGACGGGUUUCCCGGGAGGAUAUACAACUGGUGCAAAAUCUUAUAGAACGAUGUUUACAAUUAUAUAUGAACCAGAAAGAAGUUGUCAAAAUGCUGCUGGAUGAAGCAAAAAUAGAGCCUGGUUUCACUGAACUUGUUUGGCAAAAGCUUGAAGAAGAAAAUCAGGAGUUCUUUAAGGCUUACUAUUUAAGAUUGGUGGUGAUGCAGCAAAUAACUGAGUUCAACAGGCUGCUUGAACGGCAGAUGGAUUUAAUGAAUCAACUACAGCCAACUGCAGUUGGAUCAAUACCUAACUCUAAUGGGUCGCAUAUUUCUGCAUUACAUCAGAAUCCCGCAUGCUUUGCUGCAGAGCACGUGGGAACAGCUCUGAAGCCUGAAAAUAUGCAACAUCCUGUUGGUUCUAGUUUACAGAGUGUGUUUAAUAAUGACGGAUCUUCCUUGUGCACAAGCAUGCAUAAUACAGUCGAGAUUUCUCAUCCCAAUAGGAUUGAUGCCCCCCCAAGCUUACUGUCAGCUCAAAACUCUAACAUGGGCCUGAUGCAAGGAAUUAAUGGGGGAAUGAUCAAGUCAGAACCUGGAUAUUCACGCAGUUCUCCUUACAUGUUUGGUGCUGGUAAUAGUGUCUUGGAGACACGACCAAUUAUUGGUGAUGCAUCAGUCACAUCAUAUCCAAGUGUCGAGUCCAACUGUCAAUCAAUGCCACUUUUGGUUCCAGAUGCUGCUUCUUCAUUUGGAUUUUUGGGGCAGAUUCCUAGAACUUUUAGCCUUUCUGAUCUGACUGCUGAUUUUUCUCAGCGUUCUGAAAUACUAGAAAACUAUUCACGGUCUCCCUUCCUAGUUACUGAUGAGAACUUCCUUGAAAGAGGAGAACAAGACAAUAAAAGGCUGGAUUCCGUAUCAGAAGGCUUGAGUUAUGAAGACUUCGGAAGUGAUUAAAUAGACAACACCUAGUCAUCGGCAACUUUCAGGUUCAUCAGCUUCCUUAGGAAUAAAUUGCUUGUAAAUAGAAGUCUUGAAGUCAACAUGUGUUCAAAAUUUGAGUAUUGGGUGAAGAACAUUUUUAUUUUUCUAGAUCUCUGAAGUCAUAGGUUAGUGAUGGGAGAUGAAAUCCGGAAUGCUUGCAUGGAAGGGGAAAAGCAUGGUCCACGUGGUGAUGUUCUUUGGUAUUUUGUGUUACGUAAAAUUAGUUUUUUCUACAUAUUGUUGGAUACUAGAAAAUCUACUUUGCAUGGAUUGCAUUUUGAUGAUUGGAGUUGUGGAUUGCUCUUGAAAAUGUACACUUUAGGAGUAAAAUCAGCAGCAAAUGAAGACUUUAUUGACCAAUGGAAACACGGCUAGGAAUGAUAUGAAGACUUAAAAGGAAGAACUCUCAAGUUUUAUCCAUACAACAGUUGCUAGGAUACAUGAUUUGAACAUUACACGAUGCUGAUCAGAUAAGCAUGAGCAUGUCCCCAUGAUUGGAUUUUGCACCAGUCUCAUAUCCAUUUGGUGUAUGCCUGCUAAAAUCACGUAAUCGGAAUAUUCGUAUACAACCUCAGGCCUUGUGGCAUCAGUCUUU